AUGAAUCAUUCCACACCCAUGCCCUCAAGACAUCUCCAAGACAGACCCCUCACCAUGAUACCUUUGUUUGAAAGUCCGGUCUGGUCUGGUCUUUUGACACCCAGGGGCUUUAACCGUGACCGUAACCAGUCUACCCUUUUCCCAGAAGUCAAAAAGACCGGACUGGACCACAAAAGAUCAUGGUCUGCGGUCUUUUUGCAGUCUUUAGACUGGUUUCAGUCUGCACCAGUUUUAACCAGUCUAUGACCGGUCUUUAGGCUAAUAUUUUAAAAUUAUAAAUCGGUAAAUUUAUUAACAUGUCUACUGGCUUUAAAACGAGCCCAAGAACGUUAAAUUCGGUUAGGAAUUGGUGUUUCUAUACAAUAAAUCUGGUACAUCUA